AAGCGGUGCGUCGGCGUGAGCUCGCCAACGCCGGAAGUCGGCCGCCCUUCCGUUGUCGGUCCCCGGCCUGCAGGCUUCAUGGUGGGCCCGCUCGGCGGCGGCGGCGGCGGCGGCUUGGAGAACGCCAACCCCCUGGUUUACCGGCGCCAGGGCGAGCGGCCCACCACAGCGCGCGAGCAGGAUGAGGGGCUGCCCGACGCCAUCGACGACCGCGAGAUCUUCGAUCUCAUCCGCGGCAUCCACGACCCGGAGCACCCGCUGACCCUGGAGGAGCUGAACGUGGUGGAGCAGCUCCGCGUGCAGGUGAGCGACGCCGGGAGCGCCGUCUCCGUGGAGUUCACGCCCACCAUCCCGCACUGCAGCAUGGCCACCCUCAUCGGCCUCUCCAUCAAAGUGAAGCUGAUCCGGUCCCUCCCGGAGAGGUUCAAGGUGGAUGUCCACAUAACCCCCGGGACACACGCUUCUGAGCAUGCAGUGAACAAGCAACUUGCUGACAAAGAGAGAGUAGCGGCUGCCUUAGAGAACAUGCACUUGCUCCAGGUGGUGAACCAGUGCUUGUCAGGACGAUCUUAGUCUCUGUGUGUGUGUGUGUGUGUGUGAGAGAGAGAGAGAGAGAGAGAGCAUCUUCAAGGUCUGGUGGAGGCCAGUUUCUUGGAGAAAGAAGAUCAUUUACUUGUCCUCUAUCUACGUUGGAGUAAAAAAAAAAUGUUCCUUGGCAAAAAGCCAUUUAAUUUUUUUCAAGAGUUGGCGAUAAAUGUGGUUUUGAAAUAUGCUAUUUGAAUAGAGGAAAGUGCUUGUAAUAACCAACAGAAGCCUUAUACCUUCCUAGUCAAAUAGGUCUAUUUUUGAAAACCUCCAGUGAUGGAGCCCCCACUACCCCGGGAGACAAACUAUUCCAUUAAUUGUUCUCACUGUCAGUAAAUUUAUCCCAGGUUGGAUCUCCCUUUAACAAGGUUCCACCUAUUACCACUUAUCCUGCCCUCAGAUGCUUUGGAGAUCCUCUCUUCUCUGAGGCAGCCCCCCAGGUACCAGAGGACAGCUAUCAUCUCCCGCUAAUCCUUAUCAUGUUUGAUAGGCUAGACAUACCUCUCUCCCUCAACCAUUCAUCAUACAAUCUAGCCUGUUACCAAGUUGAAGGUUUAACGUGGUUUGAAUAUGUUUCUUAUUCAAAAGGCCUGUCAUGUCCUGGGAGGCCUUCAGCCUUUUGGGGCUGACAGGCCAAUCUGGAUUCUGCUCAAUGCCCUGGUGCUGCCAGGCCUCAAGGCCGCUUGCCCAAAUGUGUGGCCCAAUAAACCUGAGCAUGGCACAGAACUGGGGAAACGGUUCCUAGAAACUGUUCCUUAGCAUUAAGGAUCCAGCCACCUUGUGGCCAAAUUCACACAACACUUUGUAAAACACAGCCAGUCUGUCAAAAGAAAUCUGGUGCAGCUUCACACAAUAGUCUGGAUCUCCCAACGUGCUAAAGCAUCCACCAUUCUGCCUUCAUCUGGGUAUGCAGACGAACAAGGCUGGACCAUCUGCAUACCCAGCGCUUGCUUUGGCCUCCUUUUUUCCUCAAAACCAGCUCCUUCCCCCUCCUCUCCUGCCUACUUGCCUCCCCGGAGGGUUCCUGUGGCUUCCUGUUGCUCUUGGCAGCAUCCCUCCCCCACCCUCUCCUUUCUCUUCCACUGGGGGGGGGGGGGCAUUGUUCCUUCCUGGGGUCUGGAACAGCUCAUCCCUUCAUCUCGACUCUGCUCCAGAGCUCCAACUUAAGAGGGUGGGUCACCCUAGAAAAGUGUGGGCCGGUGGAAUAAAGGCAAACAGCACAUAUCCAGAGGCCAUCUACAUAUUUGCAAAAUGUGUCUCAUGCACACGUGCACACACACACACACACAGAGAACCCAAAUUGUAUCUCUACAAAAGGUAAACUAACUAAAAAAAAUUUGAAACAAAGAGCUAGAGAAAAAAGCAAAUGGACCUAGAGACAGGUAUAGCCACUUUGAGAUUCAAACAGCAAAAUGAGAAAACCCAAUUAAAGGAAGAAGCUUGCAACCAAAUUGGACACAGUCAGGAACAAUUAACCUAGCACAGAAAAUGAACCUUUAGAGAUAGACAAAUGGCAAACCUGUCACUGAUAGAAGAGGAAAAAAACCCAAUUCAGUCUAGUCCAGGCCCGCUGGAACUAAACAUCAAUUUCAUAAUUGGAAGAAAGAAAGCAAACACCUAGAGAAGGAACAUCAUUGAUUAUAGCAAUUAUAGAAAAAAAUAGACUUCUUUAAGAAAAAAUAGACAUAUGUUGGUGAUACGAGACUCAAUGCUCAGGGAAGCUGAACCAGACCAAUCAAUCUAACUAGGGAAAUUUGCUGUCACCCAAAGAUCUAUGAUGCGAUUGAGAGGCUUAUAAGAUAACUAAGUCCACAGAUUACUACCCCUUUCUCCUCUUUCAUGUGGGGAUGAGUGAUACAACAAAGGCAAUAUCAAUAGACUAGGAGCACCUAGGCAUGAAAGUCGAAGCGAUAGGGACAGUGGUGGUGUUUUCUUGUGUGCUCCCAGUGAAACGUAAACAUUCAGUGAGGGAAGGCAGAACUUUUGAAGUAAACACCUGGCUUAAGAGAUGGUAUUGAUGUGAAAACUUUCUAUUCUUAGUUCAUGGUCUACAACACCUACAUGAAGGGCUUUUAGCAGGGGACAGGCUACACCUCACAAUAAUCUGGAAGACUAUCUUUGGAAACCAACUGACUUGCCCUACCCCAAGGAUUUUAAACUAAAACUGGAAGAGGGUGGAGACAAACUUGUAGAAGUUAAUUCCAAGCGUAAAAUGCAGGACAACUAACCAAAUGGUAAGACAAAGGGGGAACUCAAAUACAAAACAGAAGAUUUCAGAAACCAACACUGUGGGUCAAAGGACAGCAGAGAGAAAGUGGAACUGCUUAAUUCAUUAUUUUCAUCAGAUUCUGACAAAAGGAAAAAAAGUAACCCAAUCUAUCAAAAGCAGAACUGCAAAAAGUGGACUAGGAAUCCAAGUCAAAAUAGGCAAGAAAAUAUUAAUACAGCACCCAUCCAUCCUAGACAAAUUCAAAUGGGUGACGUCCCAGAGUUCUGAAGAAGCUGACAGACAUGAUCUCAGAACCAUUGAACCAUACAUUUCACAGAUCCUGGAGCACCAGGGAACAACCAGAGGACUGAAAAAAUGCUAGUGUGGUUCCCAUCUUCAAAAAAAGAGAAAAAAAUGGAUCCAGGAAACUACAGUCCAAUCAGUCUGAUUUCAAUACCUGGGAAGAUCCUGGAAAAGGUAAUCAAGCAAUGGACCUGUGAAUAGUUAGAAGUAAGCAAAGCUAUUACUUGAAGCCAACAUCAGUUUGUCAAAACAGAUCAUGCCAAACAAAUUUCAUUUCAUUCUUUGGGAAAGUGACUAAAUUAAUGGACCAACGAAAGGCUUUGGAAAUGCUUGGGCUUUAGUAAGGCAUUUGGUAAAGUAGGCAGCAAUCUAUUUCUUGAUGAGAUAGAAAAUGUGGAAUGAACAGUACCACAAGAUUAUGUUGAAAGACAUAAACACUGGGCUCUAGCUAACAAAAUGCAAUUCAGUAGUGUGAAAACUAAGAUUUUACACUUGGGCAAGAAAAAGUGCACAGGUAUAUAGUAGGUAGAACCUGGCUCAACAGCAGUAACGGUGAGGGAUGUUGGAGUCCUAGUGGAUGACCACUUAAGAAUAAGCCAGCAGUGUGCCACAAUUGUCAAGAAAGCCAAUGCAGUUCUAGGCUGCAUCAACAGGGAUCAAAAGUCACUUGAAAUGGGAAUACCCUAUAUACUAGCUUGGUAAGACCACACUUGGAAUGCUGCAUCCACUUCCGGUCACCACAAUAUUAAAAAGAUGUUGAGACUCUAGAAACCGUGCAGAAAAGAACAAAGAGGGUUAGGUGGCUGGAGGUAAAUGGGAUUAGGGGUGACAGCAGUGUUUCAGUCUUCAAGGGGCUCUCACAAAGAUGGAGGCGGCAGACUAUU